CCAUGUUGUUAGUGAGUGUGUAGUUACCCAGCAGCAAUGGCAAUGGUGUUUUGUUAAAGCAGAUCACCAGACAGUAUUUUGUAUGUUUUGCUCGGUUAAUAAGGUUUGCUAACAACUGUUCAACGGCGUGUACACAGCGGAUAGCUAUGCUUUCAUUGUGCUCACUUAUUUAACUAACAUUAAUCAUUUUGCUGUGCUGAUUUUAUUAUCAAACUGAAAAGGCUUCCCCGUGGAAUGAGCGUUCCAUGCAGCAUCCUAGGUAUGAAUGACGUGGCCUGGCAGGAGACACGAGGCGGGAUGCUGCACACAAACGGAGCCCCUGAAGCUGGAGGGGUCAGAGUUCACGGAGCUGGAUCCAUGGCCACUGUUGGGGGAGCAGGGCAGGGUCCCGGAGGGCAACACCCUCUUCAGGGCAUGGACAGGGGGCCCAACCCCACCCCAGGCACCCCGCAACCUCCACUGAGCGGACGCUCUCAGGACGACGCCACAGUAGGCUACUUCUUCCAGAGGCAGCCCGGGGAACAGCUGGGAGGCUGCGUGCCAAGUAAGCACCGCUGGCCCACUGGAGAUGGCAACCACAUUGACCAGGUUCGCACUGUGGAUGAGAUGAACUAUGGUUUUCAAGCCCUCGCUUUGGAGUCCAGGGGCAUGGGCGAGCUGUUGCCAGCCAAGAAGCUGUGGGAUUCUGACGAGCUGGCCAAAGAUAGCAGGAAGGGGAUGCUGUUGGGAGAGGAGUGGAGGGAGAGCGCCUGGGGACCUUCUCAUCACUCAGUGUCACAGCCAAUCAUGGUGCAGCGAAGACCUGGACAGGGCUUCCAUGGCAACGGCGACGCCAGCUCUGUGCUAUCCCCUCGCUCCGAGGGCGGCGGUCUGGGCGUGAGCAUGGUGGAGUACGUCUUGAGCUCCUCCCCCGGGGACAAGAUGGACAGUCGCUAUAGGAACGGUGGCUACGGUGGGGGGGAGUCUGAUCCAGACGGGAGAGACAAGGGUGAAGCGCAAGACAAGACGUCUCAGUUCGAAGAGGACAAGGGCACCGAAAUGAAGGUGGGGGAGGACAGUGACUCCGCCAAGGCCAAUGGGAGAGGCCUUCUCAAUGGCCUGGACAGAGACUGCAAGGACUUCAACCCAACCCCGGGAAGCCGCCAGGCGUCCCCCACCGAGGCAGUGGAGCGCAUGGGCCCCGGACAGGCCGGGAUGGAGAUGAUGGCCCAGCACCACCCGCAGCACCACCCGCAGCACCACCCCCAGCACCACACCAUGCAGCCCCAGAACCAGAACAAGCCGCAGCAGGACGACUUCCAGAACCAGGAGGCCCAGAACUUGGGCGGCAUGGAGCAGCAACAGGGCGUGGAGUCCCUCCAGUUUGACUACGCCGGCAACCAGAUUCAGGUGGACUCCUCCGGCACCCCUGUCGGCCUGUUUGACUACAACUCCCAGCAGCAGUUGUUCCAGAGGUCCAGCCACCUGACUGUCCAGCAGCUCACAGCGGCCCAGCAGCAACAGUACGCCCUGGCGGCAGCCCAGCAACAACACCUUGCUGGCCUUGCUCCGGCGUUCGUGCCAAACCCAUACAUCAUCAACGCUGGACCGCCUGGAGCCGACCCAUACACUGCCGCGGGACUGGCUGCAGCUGCUACACUUGCCGGGCCAACAGUGGUUCCCCCCCAGUACUACGGCGUCCCCUGGGGUGUCUACCCCGCCAACCUCUUCCAGCAACAGGCCGCGGCCGCCGCCAGUCACAACGCUAACCAGCAGGCGUCCAAUCAGGGACCGGGGCCGGGACAACAACAGGUGAUGCGAGCCGGGAACAACCAGCGCCCUCUGACCCCAGGUCAGGGCCAGCAGAGCCAGCAGGAGUCCCUGGCAGCCGCCACCAACCCGGCCCUCGCCUACGCUGUUUGUAUGUCUCCCGCCCACUCAGGUUACCAGGUUCUGGCCCCGGCCGCCUACUACGACCAGAACGGGACUCUGGUGAUGGGCCCUGGGGCCCGCGGGGGCCUGGGGGGGCCCGUCCGCCUGGUCCAGACCCCGCUUCUCAUCAACCCGCAGGCUGCAGCACAGGCUGCGGCUUCGGCAUCCGGCUCCGGCAACAGCAUGUCGGGCCCGCAGCCCAACGGCAUGUACCGGUCCAUGCCCCAGAACCAGCAGCCCGCCCAGAACCAGCAGCCGGCCCAGAACCAGGGCCUGGCCUCCAGCUCCUUCUACGGCUCCGGGUCAAUGCCCGCCAGCUCCCAGAGCAGCUCCCUGUUCUCCCACACCUCCCAGGCCCCGCCGCCCACCUCCUCGCUGGGCUUCAGUGGCACCGGCGGCUCCCUGGGCGUGGGUCUGGGCUCGGCGCUCGGAGGCUUUGGCUCCUCGGUGUCCAGCUCCUCCAGCAGUAGCGUCUCCCGCCGGGACUCCCUGCUCGCCAGCUCCGACCUCUACAAGCGCGGCGGGGGAAGCAGUCUCACCCCGAUCGGCCAGCCCUUCUACAACAGCCUGGGGUACUCCUCCUCGCCCAGUCCCAUCGGCCUGACGCCGGGCCACUCCCCCCUCACGCCUCCUCCCUCCCUGCCCUCCUCCCACGGCUCCUCGUCCAACCUCCACCUUGGCGGACUGACCAAUGGCAGCGGGCGCUACAUCUCGGCAGCGCCGGGGGCGGAGGCCAAGUACCGCAGCGCCGGGGGCACCUCCAGCCUGUUCAGCUCCAGCAGCCAGCUGUUCCCGCCGUCCCGGCCGCGCUACAGCCGCUCCGACGUCAUGCCCAGCGGGCGCAGCCGCCUCCUGGAGGACUUCCGCAACAACCGCUUCCCCAACCUGCAGCUGCGCGACCUGCCGGGCCACAUGGUGGAGUUCUCACAGGACCAGCACGGCUCCAGGUUCAUCCAGCAGAAGCUGGAGAGGGCCACUCCGGCGGAGAGACAGAUGGUGUUUGGGGAGAUCCUGCAGGCCGCGUACCAGCUGAUGACCGACGUCUUUGGCAACUACGUCAUCCAGAAGUUCUUUGAGUUCGGCAGUGCGGAUCAGAAGCUGGCCCUGGCAACACGUAUCCGAGGCCACGUGUUGCCCCUGGCGCUGCAGAUGUACGGCUGCAGGGUGAUCCAGAAAGCCCUGGAGUCCAUCUCCUCUGACCAGCAGGUAAUUAGUGACAUAGUACGGGAGCUGGAUGGCCACGUGCUGAAGUGUGUGAAGGACCAGAACGGCAACCAUGUGGUCCAGAAGUGUAUCGAGUGUGUCCAGCCCCAGGCCCUGCAGUUCAUCAUCGAUGCCUUCCAAGGCCAGGUGUUUGUGCUCUCCACCCACCCCUACGGCUGCAGGGUGAUUCAGCGGAUCCUGGAGCACUGCACCCAGGAGCAGACCCUGCCCAUCCUGGAGGAGCUGCAUCAGCAUUCCGAGCAGCUCGGACAGAAAUAUCAAGGCGUUUCAUUGGAGAUGACGCCCAAAACAUAUUAUACAGUGUCCAGCGAUGCGCUGUUCAAGGACCAGUAUGGCAAUUAUGUCAUCCAGCACGUCCUGGAGCACGGCCGGCCCGAAGACAAGAGCAAGAUUGUGGCCGAGGUCAGAGGGAAGGUGCUCCUCCUGAGCCAGCACAAAUUUGCAAGUAACGUGGUGGAGAAGUGUGUGAUCCACUCGUCCCGCGCGGAGCGGGCCCUGCUGAUUGACGAGGUGUGCUGCCAGAAGGACGGCCCCCACAGCGCCCUGUACACCAUGAUGAAGGACCAGUACGCCAACUACGUGGUCCAGCGUAUGAUCGACAUGGCCGAGCCCGCCCAGCGCAAGAUCAUCAUGCACAAGAUUCGGCCCCACAUCGCCACUCUGCGCAAGUACACAUACGGCAAGCACAUCCUGGCCAAGCUGGAGAAGUACUACAUGAAGAGCGGCUCCGACCUGGGGCCAAUCGGAGGGCCGACCAACGGGCUCAUGUAGAACCGCCCUCCCGCCCCCUCCCUCCAGAGUUCCUCGACUAAAGACCCCCCCGAC